AAAAUAGCAUUUCCGCUCACUUUUAUUGAGGUAUAAUUGACCAAAUUGUAUACAUUGUGUACACGAUGGCAUGAACUAUGCAUGUGGUAAAAGACAUUUUAAGGAUGGGGGGAAAAUGUAGCACAAAAUAUAUAUAGAUGUGAGGAUACAGUGCUGUAAAAAGAUGUGAGGAUACACAUCUCAAAAAUUUGAGUAAGGGUCAUACGUAGGUGUAUGGUAUGGGAGGUUUGUGAUUUUUUUUAAAGAAAUUAUGAACGGUAUUUUCAGAGACGCUUUUAUUAAAAAGAGAUGGGUUUUCAGGUUCUGAGGGCAAACGGCAUUGUCUGCUCCCCCGAACGCCUCCAGACCUGAGUUUGUGCAACACAGCAAGACUGAGAAGGAAAAGGAUUUGUUUUCUCCCGUGCUCGUUGCUCAGGCCCCAACACGCAACUACAAUUCCCAUCGUCCUCCGGGCCUCCCAAGUGUGGCCCUUCAGUCCCGCUGCGACUUCAGCAGCGCAUGCGCGCAGCCCUUAACGUCGCCUCGCAGACUGCAGAGGCUGGGCGGGGCUCCUCGGCACUCGCGGGACGGUACCGCCCUCCGACCGCUCCCCCAGGCUUCUCUUCGGACCGUUAACCUCGAAUGAGGAACGAGCGGAGAGGGAAGGGAGGGGCUGCGGCGGCGCUGGCACAGCCCGCCGGGCCCGGGGCCGGGGGCGGCGAGGUCACGUAACGGCUGCUCUGGCGUCUGCCCGGGGAGGGGGUGCCCUCCCCGGCAGCCGGAGCCCUCCUGCGCGCUGCUCCGAAACAGUUACCGGCUCGUAAACAACAGCUGCGCGCGCACCCGCAUCAGCUGGCGCCGGGAUUCAGCACCUGCGACCUCCUCUACCCCUCAUCCCCGCUGCCCCCUCCUGUUCAGCCCGGGCCAGACUACGGGGCCGUCUCCUCUCUUGCUAGGACCCGAAGGAAGAACGGCGAGGGCCUGACCGCCGCGGCCCUGGUCGGGGAGAAGGCGUCCUCCGGCAAAGGGGUGGCCCGUCCUGUCACACGCAGGAGAAACCCAGCGAGCAGACCGUGGGCUCGAUGGACUAGCAACGACCUGCCACGACCCUGAGCUGCAGUCCGAGGGGUCUCGAUCCGCUCGCUAGCCGCCCCCUCCCAGAUCCGAGGGACCGUUCUGCCCGAAGAGCGGGCGGGCCACCCCCGCAGACCUCUUGGAGACGAGAAUCCGCUCUGCCCCUGCAUCCUCUGCUCACCCUUUUCUCCUCAUUCUCCUGUAUCCAGUAGUGUGGGGUAUUUUUCUCGUUAUGCAUGCUCAUCUCUCCCACCAGACCCAAGUGGAUUAUUGGCCUCAAAAACAUCGGGUGACUCUCCACACACCUCCCAGCCAAACCUGUGGGGUAUUCACCUGAUACACAACAGGUGGCCGGGUGUACACCAUUUCGCAAUCUGAUCUGUGCUGUAUUCGCCUGAUAAGGGUGGGCCUGCGCGCACUUUGCUCAACUAGAACCGUGGGACAUUUACCAGAUAAAAAAGACUUAACUACCUCGGCGGAAACCUGGGGGUCGAGGGGAGAAACGCUUCACCAGCUUCUCUUGAGACCAUGGCGCUGGGGUCGCAGUGCUGGACCAGGGGAGAUAGCUAGAUAACUUUUUUUUUUCCCCCUGAAGAAAGGAAGUUACACGAGUUUGGCAUCGUUUUGUCUUUUUUCCUCCUUAAAUAUUUAAUGGUAGUGCACUUUCUGGGAUAGUCUGUUUGAAUUCUGAGAAGGAACUUUUUGUGGUGUAAAUCAAGGUUAUUGAAGGUUUUUUUAAGUUAUCUUUUCUAUUUUACAAUCAAAAGUAGCUAGCGUAGGAGGAAGGAUUUUGCGGGGGUUUCCUUUUUUCUUUGUUCUUAUAAAGGAAAAGAGAAAGAAUAAUGCAUCCUCCAGAAACCACCACCAAGAUGGCUUCAGUUCGGUUCAUGGUGACACCAACAAAGAUCGAUGACAUUCCUGGUUUGUCAGAUACCAGCCCGGACCUCAGCUCCCGGUCCAGUUCCCGAGUAAGAUUUAGCUCACGGGAAAGUGUGCCGGAAACAAGCCGGAGUGAGCCCAUGAGUGAGAUGUCCGGAGCCACCACUUCACUGGCAACUGUUGCACUGGAUCCGGCUAGUGACCGGACUUCUAACCCCCAGGAUGUCACGGAGGACCCGAGUCAGAACUCCAUCACAGGGGAACACAGCCAGCUGUUAGAUGAUGGCCAUAAUAAGAAAGCUCGAAAUGCUUAUCUCAAUAAUUCCAAUUAUGAAGAAGGAGAUGAAUAUUUUGAUAAAAACCUGGCACUCUUUGAGGAAGAAAUGGACACAAGACCAAAGGUAUCUUCUCUCCUCAACCGUAUGGCCAAUUAUACUAAUCUGACACAAGGAGCGAAGGAACAUGAAGAGGCAGAGAACAUCACUGAGGGGAAAAAGAAGCCCACCAAGACCCCUCAAAUGGGUACUUUCAUGGGUGUCUACCUCCCCUGUCUACAAAAUAUUUUUGGAGUGAUCUUGUUUCUACGCCUUACAUGGGUUGUGGGCACAGCAGGCGUUCUUCAGGCCUUCGCAAUCGUCCUUAUCUGCUGCUGCUGUACAAUGUUGACUGCUAUCUCCAUGAGUGCCAUUGCCACUAAUGGAGUGGUGCCAGCUGGAGGCUCAUACUUUAUGAUUUCCCGGGCCCUGGGCCCAGAGUUUGGUGGGGCUGUUGGCCUCUGCUUUUAUCUUGGUACCACAUUUGCAGCAGCCAUGUAUAUCCUUGGUGCCAUUGAAAUUUUUCUGGUAUAUAUUGUCCCCCGAGCUGCCAUCUUUCGUAGCGAUGAUGCACUCAAGGAAUCAGCAGCCAUGCUAAAUAACAUGCGUGUGUAUGGCACCGCGUUCUUGGUUCUCAUGGUAUUGGUGGUAUUCAUCGGUGUGCGCUAUGUGAACAAGUUUGCCUCACUUUUCCUGGCCUGUGUCAUUGUGUCCAUCUUGGCCAUCUAUGCUGGAGCCAUCAAGUCUUCUUUUGCCCCUCCACACUUCCCGGUCUGCAUGCUGGGUAACCGCACCCUUUCAUCAAGACACAUUGAUAUUUGCUCUAAGACCAAGGAAAUUAACAACAUGACAGUACCAUCAAGGUUAUGGGGCUUCUUCUGUAACUCAAGUCAGUUUUUCAAUGCCACCUGUGAUGAAUACUUUGUUCACAAUAAUGUCACUUCAAUCCAGGGCAUUCCUGGAUUGGCUAGUGGUGUCAUUACAGAGAAUCUUUGGAGUAAUUACCUACCAAAGGGAGAGAUCAUUGAAAAGCCCUCAGCCAAAUCUUCUGAUGUCUUGGGCAGCUUAAACCAUGAGUAUGUCCUUGUUGACAUCACCACCUCUUUUACUCUUCUGGUGGGGAUCUUCUUUCCUUCUGUCACAGGUAUCAUGGCUGGAUCAAACAGAUCUGGAGAUCUGAAAGAUGCUCAAAAGUCUAUUCCCAUUGGCACUAUCCUCGCCAUCCUGACCACCUCCUUUGUCUAUUUAAGCAAUGUUGUCCUUUUUGGUGCCUGUAUUGAAGGUGUUGUUCUCAGAGACAAGUUUGGGGAUGCUGUGAAAGGUAAUCUGGUGGUGGGUACCUUAUCUUGGCCAUCCCCAUGGGUGAUUGUUAUUGGCUCCUUCUUCUCCACAUGUGGGGCUGGACUUCAGAGUCUCACAGGUGCACCAAGGCUGCUCCAGGCUAUAGCCAAGGAUAACAUCAUACCCUUUCUGAGGGUUUUUGGUCACAGCAAAGCCAAUGGGGAACCUACCUGGGCUUUACUUCUAACUGCCGCCAUUGCAGAGCUGGGAAUCCUUAUCGCCUCCCUGGAUCUUGUGGCCCCAAUUCUUUCUAUGUUUUUCCUCAUGUGUUACCUCUUUGUGAACUUGGCAUGUGCCUUGCAAACAUUACUUCGAACACCCAACUGGAGACCCCGGUUUCGCUACUACCACUGGGCCCUCUCUUUCAUGGGAAUGAGUAUCUGUCUGGCUCUGAUGUUCAUUUCUUCCUGGUAUUACGCUAUUGUAGCUAUGGUGAUAGCUGGUAUGAUCUACAAGUACAUCGAGUACCAAGGAGCGGAGAAAGAAUGGGGUGAUGGAAUCCGUGGGCUGUCCCUCAGUGCAGCCCGAUUUGCUUUGCUUCGGCUGGAGGAAGGACCUCCACACACUAAAAACUGGAGGCCUCAGUUGCUUGUAUUGCUGAAACUAGAUGAAGACUUACACGUCAAGCAUCCUCGCCUCCUCACCUUUGCUUCACAGCUUAAAGCAGGAAAGGGCCUCACUAUUGUGGGCUCUGUUAUCGUGGGGAACUUCCUGGAGAACUACGGGGAAGCUCUAGCUGCUGAGCAGACCAUAAAGCAUCUAAUGGAGGCAGAGAAGGUGAAAGGGUUCUGCCAGCUGGUGGUGGCGGCCAAGCUGAGAGAGGGCAUUUCCCACCUCAUCCAGUCAUGUGGCCUUGGGGGCAUGAAGCACAACACCGUGGUGAUGGGAUGGCCUAAUGGCUGGCGCCAGAGUGAAGAUGCUCGAGCUUGGAAGACUUUUAUUGGCACAGUUCGAGUGACAACUGCUGCCCAUCUGGCCCUGCUGGUGGCUAAAAACAUCUCCUUCUUUCCCAGCAACGUGGAGCAGUUUUCUGAGGGCAACAUUGAUGUGUGGUGGAUUGUGCAUGAUGGGGGGAUGCUCAUGCUCUUACCAUUCCUACUUAAACAGCACAAGGUGUGGCGAAAAUGCAGCAUACGGAUCUUCACAGUAGCCCAGUUAGAAGACAAUAGUAUUCAGAUGAAGAAGGACCUGGCCACCUUCCUCUAUCACCUGCGCAUUGAGGCAGAGGUGGAGGUGGUGGAGAUGCAUGACAGUGACAUUUCAGCUUAUACUUAUGAGCGCACCCUGAUGAUGGAGCAGAGAUCCCAGAUGCUCCGGCACAUGCGACUGUCCAAAACCGAGCGGGACAGAGAGGCACAGUUGGUGAAAGACCGGAACUCAAUGCUGCGAUUGACCAGCAUUGGCUCUGAUGAGGAUGAAGAGACAGAAACCUAUCAGGAGAAGGUGCACAUGACUUGGACAAAAGACAAGUACAUGGCAUCCCGGGGACAAAAGGCCAAGUCGAUGGAAGGAUUCCAGGACCUGCUUAACAUGCGUCCGGACCAGUCCAAUGUGAGGAGGAUGCAUACAGCAGUGAAACUCAAUGAGGUUAUAGUUAACAAGUCCCAUGAAGCAAAGCUUGUUUUGUUGAAUAUGCCAGGGCCACCUCGAAACCCUGAGGGUGAUGAAAACUACAUGGAGUUCCUAGAAGUGCUCACCGAGGGACUAGAGCGAGUCCUCCUUGUCCGAGGUGGUGGCAGUGAAGUGAUCACCAUUUAUUCAUAAUCUACUCCUGAGUGACUCUGCUUGGCCUCACCUUUCCUAAAAGGCUUCCAUCCUUCGUGGAAGUGCCAGCUCUUUACUACUACUCCCAUCAAGUAGGCCUGGGUUCUGUACACAUCACACUGAACUCUCGACAGGCUGAGCCUCAAGUACUUGUGCAAAAAAAGUACAAAUAGUUCUGCUCUUUGCUGUCAUAUGAUCUGCCAUCCUUACAGAAGAAGCAAAUAUUCCCUCAACAUUGGAACACUGGUCAAGUCCUAAAAGCCAUGUCUGUCCCAGUUGAAGUCAAGUUAGAAUUAACAAGCUAAACCAAUAAAAAUGAAUUGGCAAAAGGGAUGCUAGAAAUUCAACUGAAGACCGAAAGCAAGUACAGGUCCAACAUUAAAGGGAAGUCUCAGAAGUCAUGGUCCAGUGAUGACACCAUGGGGGUAACAGCCAGAGGACACAGCUUCAUCAUACUAAAGAAAUCACAGCCAAGUAUAUGGGGACCUAACAUCCUUGUGGAGAUAACCUGUGGCAAACCAAGAUGAAAACCUUUUUUAGCUAAUUUUCUUUAAUGAAUCCACUGUUCUCCAGGACUCUGAUUUUCUGUUAGGGUACUAAUAUACAAAAACUGACACAUG